AUACUGCAGGAACCUCAGUGAGAGCCUACAGUUCUUCCGCCCAUUUGGGGAGAGAUUAAAGAAGCUGAGGUUGGCUUUCUUACUCAUUGGCAGUUACAACUUCGCCAGCACUACAGCCUAAGCUUCCAGAGUGGACACGGAGAAGGGCAUCAGAAAACCAUUCUGGUGAGGUCCACACCCGUAAGUCAGCAUGUACAAGGACUGCAUCGAGUCCACUGGAGACUAUUUUCUUCCCUGUGACGCCGAGGGGCCAUGGGGCGUCGUUCUGGAGUCCCUGGCCAUACUUGGCAUUGUGGUCACAAUUCUGCUACUCUUAGCAUUUCUCUUCCUCAUGCGAAAGAUCCAAGACUGCAGCCAGUGGAAUGUCCUCCCCACCCAGCUCCUCUUCCUCCUGAGUGUCCUGGGGCUCUUCGGACUCGCUUUUGCCUUCAUCAUCCAGCUCAAUCAACAAACUGCCCCCGUACGCUACUUUCUCUUUGGGGUUCUCUUUGCUCUCUGUUUCUCAUGCCUCUUAGCUCAUGCCUCCAACCUAGUGAAGCUGGUUCGGGGUUGUGUCUCCUUCUCCUGGAUGACAAUUCUGUGCAUUGCUAUUGGUUGCAGUCUGUUGCAAGUCAUUAUUGCCAUUGAGUACGUGACUCUCAUCAUGACCAGAGGUAUGAUGUUUGUGAAUAUGACACCCUGCCAGCUCAAUGUGGACUUUGUUGUCCUCCUGGUCUAUGUCCUCUUCCUGAUGGCCCUCACAUUCUUCGUCUCCAAAGCCACCUUCUGUGGCCCGUGUAAGAACUGGAAGCAGCAUGGAAGGCUCAUCUUUAUCACUGUGCUCUUCUCCAUCAUCAUCUGGGUGGUGUGGAUCUCCAUGCUCCUGAGAGGCAACCCGCAGUUCCAGCGACAGCCCCAGUGGGACGACCCAGUUGUCUGCAUUGCCCUGGUCACCAACGCAUGGGUUUUCCUGCUGCUGUACAUCGUCCCUGAGCUCUGCAUUCUCUACAGAUCGUGUAGACAGGAGUGCCCUUUACAAGGCAAUGCCUGCCCCGUCACAGCCUACCAACACAGCUUCCGAGUGGAGAACCAGGAGCUCUCCAGAGCCCGAGACAGUGAUGGAGCUGAGGAGGAUGUAGCAUUAACUUCAUAUGGUACUCCCAUUCAGCAGCAGACUGUUGAUCCCACACAAGAGUGUUCCAUCCCACGGGCUAAACUAAGCCCCCAGCAAGAUGCAGGAGUAUAAAUCUACAGGAAACACAAGUGGAGAAAACCCAGCAGACCAUCCUCGGUAGCAUAGCCCUGACAGACCACGGGGGCCCACAGAGUCACGCUGCCAAUGAAGAGUCAGCACAUCCCACCUUCUGUUUCCUAACCCCUCCAUCCACCAGGACCCUCCACCAGAAGAUCACCAUUUUGAACAUAAUUACAAUCUUGCUGGCCACCCUACUUUGACUGUGUCUCUUUCUUCAUUCGUGUAACUGCAAAAUUCCCUUUCUUAGGAACGCUGGAAAGAAUUGGUGCCUCUUAUUCACAGAACUGAAAGACCCUGUCUGAAGAAAUUAAGGGCAUUCUAAUGUGACAACAAGGUUAGUAGCAGCUUACUACUGGGUUACAUGUCUGGUCAAUUUUUAAAUUGUGCUAAAAAACUCAGAACAUAAACUUCACCAUCUCAACCAUGUUUAAGUGUACAGUCCAGUAGUGUUAAUCAUA